UAUGGAUAAUUUCAAUGAUCUCCAAUCCUUUUAAUCAUCUAGUAGUUUGGCUUAUGGGCUUAAAAUACAUGUACUAUUUUUGUUUUAGUCUUAUGGAACUUAAAAAUUCAUGUAAGAUAAUUUUUUAAUGUCUUUUGGUCUUUACGGAAAAUGUGUUGAAACAUAGUUGUGUUUAGUCAUUUUUUUUUUCUUUUUUUCUGUUAUUGUUUUGUUUAAUUUUUGUAACUCAUAUUAAUUAUGAAGUUUUGUUGUAUACUGUAUGAUAUUAAUCCACCCUAUGCUCUUAAAUUGAUCUUUCUUUCUGAAGAUCUGAUCUUCCAAAAGAUUCCACUGACAAAGAUAUUUCUACAUUAAAGUUUCUUCAUAAGUUUUUGGAUGAAGUGGCUUUUUAAAGUAUUUUCAUGAAAAAUUAGUAGGAUUUAUAUGCUGUACUUUAAUACACCACAAUUAUAUGACACACUUCUAUUACUGCAACGACUACUUAGAUUAUGGAAAAUUUAACUAAAUUUAUUUGUUUGGUAGUCCUACAUGUUUUGAGUUACAUUUUUUUUUUUUUUUUCACUUUCCUUUGUUUUAGUUUUCUUAAAUCAUUUGACUCCACUAAUGGAUGUUAACUAUAUGCAUUAUAACCCUUAUUUUUAUUUUUUAUUAUUAUUUCUUUCGGUUUUCACACCUAUGACUAUGCACAGCAUUUUGUUUGUGCUUGUACUCUCAUUCUUGGACUCAAGGAUACUCCUGAAGGAGUUGAGGAUCGAAGGAAGACUUAAUCGGGUGGCUACAGUCAGUUUUCCCACUGGGAUAGAUUCAGAAAGGUUCAUUCAUGCACUUGAGCUUCCUCAAGUCCAAGAGAACGUUAAAAAUAUAAAAGAAACAUUUGCUGGCAGGGAGGUAAGGUUAGGUGUUGAUCUCCUUGAUAUGAUUAAAGGAAUUCUUCAAAAGAUAUUGGCAUUUGAACAGUUCAUCAAAGAAACCGUGCUUGGCAGAAACAUAUGUCCUGGAAUUAUAUGCCUCUACCUUAAAAUUCUCUUUCAAGUGAUUCUUGUUCUGUUGGUUAUAAAUGCAGUAGGCCACUCUAAUGCUUCCAUUUGUUGAAUGUCUGUGUACCAUGCAUCAUCCAGAUUCAUAAUGCUAGCUUAUCUAAAUUGUUGAUCUUGAUUAUGAGAUGUUUGCUGCAUACUUGGGCUAUUCAAGUCUUAGUACUUUUUAUUUUAACUA